AAUCUUCGUAAUCAUCUAAAGCCUAAGUCUUUCUUCUCAUCGUGUAUGUGUACGAAAUAUAUGUAUGUGUGUGUGUGUGUCUGAAAUCUGCAAUCUACAAAGUUAUAUAUCAAAUUAAAUUAUCUAGCUAGCUAGCUAGCUUGCUAGGGUUUGCUGAUUUGGGUAUGGAUACGUGGUUGCUAUUUCUUCUUGUUAUUAGCACGCUUGUUGCUAAGGAUAAAGGGAUCGUUGCUAGUGAUGUUAAUAAUGAAGUCAGGUUUGAUGGGCACUAUGAGAUUAUGUAUGGUGAUGAUCAUGUGUUUGCCUCCAACCAAGGAUCAGAAGUUCAGCUCUCCAUGGAUAAAUCUUCAGGAUCUGGAUUUGGAUCCAAGAUGACGUAUGGUUCUGGGUUCUUCCACAUGAGGAUCAAAGUGCCAAACGGAGAUUCUUCUGGAGUUGUAACUGCUUACUAUCUGUGUUCACGUGGGGAUUAUCACGAUGAGAUAGACUUUGAGUUCUUGGGGAACAAAGCAGGUGAGCCAAUCACACUACAGACCAACAUAUACGUAAAUGGCAAUGGUGGUAGAGAGCAAAGGCUUCAUCUUUGGUUUAACCCUUCUCUGGAUUUUCAUAACUACUCCAUUCUUUUCAACCAGCAUCAGAUUGUAUUUUUUGUGGAUAGAAUUCCGAUUAGGGUAUUCAAGAACAAGAGCGAUAUAGGAGCAGGAUACCCAUCAAAGGCAAUGAGAAUAGAAGCAACAUUGUGGGAUGGUAAUGAUUGGGCAACAAAUGGAGGCAAAAGCAAAGUGGAUUGGAGCUAUGCUCCUUUCAAAGCAUCCUUCAGAGGCUUUGGUGUUAGAGGUUGUGAAGUUCAAUCAUCCUCCUCCUCAUCAUCAAACGUUCAAGAUUGUUUCUCUGAUAGCUUCUCUUGGAACAGACAAAGGUUUUGGCAGUUGGAUCCUGAAAGACAGAGAUUGUAUGAAAAUGUGCAGAACACUUAUGUCACCUAUGAUUAUUGUGCUGAUACACCUAGGUUUCCCACACUUCCAAGAGAAUGCCAGUAAAUGUUCUUCACAUAUAAUCUUUAUUGUAACUACUAAUUAGUUACUUUGAGUUCUAUACAUUAUACCAGAUAAAAAGAAUAAUUCACACUGUUAAUGACUUGUCAAUGUUAAGAUUUAUCAAGAGUUUUACAUCA